ACAGACGGCAAAUUGUGGUGUGCCACCACUGACAGCUAUGAUAGAGACCAGAGAUGGGGUUUCUGUCAGAACCGUGAUCCUACCGUAAUUGUGACAAGCUCAGAUGGAGAUCCCUGCCACUUUCCUUUUGUAUUUCAGGGGAUACCAUACAACGACUGUACGACUGACGGGAGGACAGACUUCAAAUUGUGGUGUAGCACCACUGACAACUAUGAUAGAGACAAGAAAUCGGGUUUCUGUCCUGACCUGGGUGUUAGCCUGUUCCUGGUGGCUGCCCACGAGUUCGGACACUCACUGGGUUUGUCUCACUCCAACAUUAGAGGAGCUCUCAUGUACCCUACGUACAGCUAUGUGGAGAAUUUCUCCCUGGAUCAGGACGACAUUGAUGGCAUUCAGUACCUCUACAGAAAUAAAACAGGCCCUGGUCCUACUCUCAACGCCACAGUAAUACCUAAUCCGACUAGUUCAUCUGUCGUGACAGUGUCACCCAUUGUAAAUCCCACCAAAGACCCCUGCAAGAUGCUCAAGUUUGACACCAUCACUGUGAUUCACAAACAUCUGCAUUUCUUCAAAGAUGGGUAA